CGGCCCACCUAAAAGGCCUUGGCCCGCUUCAUGUUUCCACCGUACGAUGCCUUAAACCCAAAACGGAUAUCCACCGUCCGUGGAAAGCUCUUAUCUCCUCCACCUUCCCCGUCAGAAGUUUGCCUCUCUCUCUCUAGUCUCUACCUAAACGAGGUAGGAUAUGGAAGAGAAGAAGCUUAGAGACGAUAGAAUCAGCGAUGCCGAAGAUGAGGUCUUUGUGGAAGCUAUUGACGAGGAUUUAACUUCGGAGGAAUUGAAAGAUUCCAUGGUUAGUAGAGAGAGCCAUGGUGAGGCAAACGGGCAAGAUAUAACUGAGGGAGAGGCUGCGCCAGGUUUCGUGACUUCUAAAAUGAAGAAUGGUGAUGAGGGAGAAGCAGGUACAGAGAAUGUCAGCGAACCAGCUACACAUUCCUUUUCUGAAAAUGGAAAGAAACAACUGGUGGCUGAAGUGAUCGAGGAAACAAGGAAUGGUGGUGGUAUUGAAGAUGAAAAUGUUGAUGUAUCAGCUGGUAUGGAAACAGAACAAGAAGCUGGGAACCGUGAAGGAGCAGAUAAGAAUUGCUUUGAUGAUGAGUCUGGGAAACAAAGAAAUGGUGAGAAAUCUACUUCUGAGGAAAAUGGAGAGACUAAAGGUCACAUCAGUAGAGAGCAUGAAACAGUUCGAAACAGUAAUGGAGGACUUGGUGUUGAACAUACUUCUCAACCUAGUAAGGAAUCUGAGAAGCAGCAAGGCAGCAGAGUGAAUAUAAGUCCAGAGAUUGAGGAAACCCCACGGUUGGAAAGAAAACCUGAGGUAGCAAGUUCUGUUUCACCAACACAAUCUACAAGUAAUACUGCAGCGUCACCUCCUGCUCGCCCAGCAGGCCUUGGGCGGGAUGCUCCUCUUUUGGAAUCCACACCACGUGUUCCUCAUCAGCCUCGUGUCAAUGGAAAUGUCUCUCAGAAUCAGUCCCAGCAAGCGGAGGACCCGACCACUGCAGAGACCGAUGAGCAUGAUGAGACCCGUGAGAAGCUCCAGUUGAUCAGGGUCAAGUUUUUGAGGCUUUCACAUAGAUUAGGACAAACUCCACAUAAUGUUGUUGUUGCUCAGGUUUUGUAUAGGCUUGGAUUAGCAGAGCAGUUGAGGGGGAGAAGCGGAAGCCGUGUUGGUGCCUUUAGUUUUGAUCGUGCCAGUUCCAUGGCAGAACAACUUGAGGCAGCUGGACAGGAUCCACUUGAUUUUUCUUGUACUAUUAUGGUGCUCGGUAAAAGUGGGGUUGGUAAGAGUGCGACGAUUAAUUCUAUUUUUGAUGAAGCGAAAAUCUGUACGGAUGCAUUCCAGAUGGGGACAAAGAGGGUUCAGGAUGUUGAGGGUUUUGUUCAGGGAAUUAAGGUUCGGGUGAUUGACACUCCAGGUCUCUUACCAUCAUGGUCUGAUCAACACAAGAAUGAGAAAAUCCUGAAGUCUGUUAGGUCUUUCAUCAAAAAAAGUCCACCGGAUAUUGUAUUAUAUCUUGAUAGAUUGGAUAUGCAAAGCAGAGAUUCUGGUGACAUGCCUCUCUUACGCACCAUCACUGAUGUUUUUGGACCAUCUAUAUGGUUUAAUGCCAUUGUGGGUUUGACUCAUGCCGCUUCUGCUCCACCAGAUGGCCCAAAUGGCACUGCCUCUAGCUAUGACAUGUUUGUAACACAACGUUCCCAUGUCAUUCAGCAGGCCAUUCGCCAAGCAGCUGGAGAUAUGAGGCUGAUGAACCCUGUGUCUUUAGUUGAGAACCACUCUGCUUGCAGGACAAAUCGGGCAGGUCAGAGAGUAUUACCAAAUGGCCAAGUGUGGAAGCCUCAUUUGCUGUUACUCUCAUUUGCAUCCAAGAUUCUAGCAGAAGCAAAUGCUCUUCUGAAAUUACAAGAUAAUAAUACUCCAGGGAAACCAUUUGCUGCUCGAUCCAAGGCUCCACCGCUGCCACUGCUUCUCUCAUCGUUUCUGCAAUCAAGGCCGCAAGCUAAACUUCCUGAAGAGCAGUAUGGUGAUGAAGAAGACGAAGAUGAUUUGGACGAAUCAUCAGAUUCUGACGAAGAAUCAGAGUAUGAUCAGCUUCCUCCUUUUAAGCGAUUGACUAAAGAUGAGAUGGCUAGGCUUAGUAAAUCUCAGAAGAAGCAAUAUCUUGAUGAGAUGGAGUACCGGGAGAAACUAUUUAUGAAGAGGCAGAUAAAAGAGGAAAGAAAGAGACGGAAGAUGUUGAAAAAAUUUGCUGCGGAGAUUAAAGAAUUUGCUAACGAGCCUAGAGAAAAUGUGGAAGAGGAGAGAAGUGAACCUGCUUCUGUUCCAGUUCCCAUGCCAGAUUUGUCUCUACCUGCAUCGUUUGACUCUGACAAUCCAACUCACAGGUACCGGUCCCUAGAUUCCUCCAAUCAAUGGCUUGUUAGGCCAGUCCUCGAAACUCAGGGGUGGGAUCAUGAUGUUGGCUAUGAAGGUGUAAAUGCAGAACGUCUUUUUGUUUUUAAAGAAAAGAUACCGAUAUCAUUCUCUGGCCAAGUGACAAAGGAUAAAAAGGAUGCAAAUGUGCAGCUGGAAAUGGCCAGCUCGGUUAAACAUGGAGAGGGUAGAUCAACCUCCUUAGGUUUCGAAAUGCAAAAUGCUGGGAAGGAAUUGGCUUACACUGUUCGAAGCGACAUGAGAUUUAACAAUUUUAGGAAACACAAAGCUGCAGCUGGUCUCUCUGUAACGCUCUUGGGUGAUUCGGUGUCUGCGGGGGUGAAAGUAGAAGAAAAGUUGAUUGCUAAUAAAAGGUUCAGAAUGGUUAUGUGUGGUGGGGCAAUGACUAGUCGAGGAGAUGUUGCUUAUGGCGGUAGUUUAGAAGCUCAGUUGAGAGAUAAAGAUUAUCCGCUUGGUAGAUCCUUGUCUACUCUUGGACUUUCUGUGAUGGAUUGGCAUGGUGAUCUUGCCAUUGGAGGGAAUAUACAGUCCCAAGUGCCCAUUGGACGUUCAUCUAAUCUAAUUGCCCGUGCUAAUCUUAACAACAGAGGGGCAGGGCAAGUAAGCAUCCGCGUAAACAGCUCUGAGCAGCUCCAACUUGCUAUGGUCGCACUUGUUCCCCUGUUCAAGAAACUACUUAGUUAUUAUUCCCCUCAGCAAAUGGAGUAUUGACAAUAAUGAAUAUUGCUUGGGUUUUUCACUUCCUACAAGAACAGCUUAAGUGCGAGUUGCAACAGCUUUUGGUUUUGAGCAGAAACAUGGUGUGGUGCCCUUUGGGUUGAAAAGUGUAAGAACUUGUUGGAGGAGGCCUCUGUUUCUCAAAAUAGCUGGAACGCACUUGCUCGUUCCUUAUCUAAUUUGAACUUAGCUGUGGUUUCAUUGUGUUUCCCAAACCUUUGUGUGGUGGUCUAUGGUAUAAAAAAGCACACCUAGUUGUUUUUGUCUCUGUCUAUCUCUGGAUUUUGCAUAAAGCCUUGUUAAAAAAUUAUGUUGCAGUUUA